CUGGGGGCAGCAGCAGAGGCGCGCCGAUCCUUGCAGCAGCAAGCUCCUCUUGAACCCUUCCAGCAGCAGCAGCACAAUCAUCCUCAUCCUCAGCAGCAGCAAAAUAGUCUUCAUCAGCAGCAGGAAGAAGAGCAUGAACAACUCGACGCAGCACUCCUCCCCGCAACAGAGUCUUUCGAAGAGGCAAAGGCAAUGGCAGUGCCUGCUGGCCUCUCGGGAGCAUCUCUCCUGCAGACGAGUUCACUGGCAGAAGCGCAGCAGCCGAUGCUGCAGAUGCCAAUAACGCAGCUGGCAUACCCUUCACCACCCCAGCAAAACUCUAAUAUAGUCCUCCAGCAACAGCAACAACAACAGCAACAGCAACUUCUGCAGCUUGGGCAACAACAACAGCAGCUGCAACAGCAACAACAGCUGCAACAGCAACAACAGCAGCUGCAACAACAACAACAGCUGCAACAGCAACAACAGCAGAGAGCCGCCGAUCAGUCUAGCCUUGCGCUUCUAGAGGCUGAGAAGGCGGCAAUCGAUUUGCAACUCGCUGCAGCUGCUGGUGGGGGGGUUUUGGCGUUGCCUUCUUUGGGGGAGCUGAGUGUAAGCGCGCCGUCGUUUCAAUCACCGCUAACUGCGAAGGCUCCAAGUCUGCUCCCAGGCUUGCAGGUACUGCAGCAGGCAGACGAACCUCCAGGAACUGCACUAGGCCCUUUGAGCGUGCCGCUUCCCUCGUCAGGGGGGCCCCUACCAAGCCUAGACAUGCCGUCUUCAGUGCCGCCUAACGCUCCCCAGACGAUCCCCCAAGUGGUCGCUUCCACCAUAGAGAGCCCUACGGAGACGGAGAAGCAGCCGGAAGAUUCGCAAGCCGCGUUGCAGCAGGAGCAGCUGACGCGUAGAAGCACCGGUACGACCACCUCGCAAGAGACGAUGCCUUGGCAAGGCGCCACGCCGUCUCAGCAGCUGCAGCAGCAGCUGCAGCAGCAGCAGCAACAGCUGCAACAGCUGCAACAGCAGCUGCAGCAGCAGCUGCAGCAGCAACAGCAACAGCUGCAACAGCAGCUGCAACAGCAACAGCUGCAGCAACAGCAACAGCUGUCUAGUGGAGCCGGCUCUGCAGGUAAUUUGUCUCAGCAACAGCUGUCUAGUGGAGCCGGCUCUGCAGCCGACUUCGAAGCAGCAGCAUUGGCGUAUGCCGCAAAAGCCGGACCCCGCAGUUGCCAGGAAGUGGCAGCGCGUCUUGCCUGCAUUGCUCUUAGCAAAGCAGACGAGCUGAAGGGCAAGGGUGCCCUGAUCCUCACAGAUGCUGGUGCACUAACGCUCAAGAUGACGGAAGCCAGCUGCUCUGCAAUUUCGAGUGCUUGUGGCGGCCCUCUUCCUGCCGCUGAGGGAUCCUCGGAAGCUUCCACAGCCGCAGGAUCGUUAUCGACGACAGCAGCAGCGCCUGUAGGAGCUGCUCUUGCAGCUCCAAACCCAGCCUCUGCUGCGCUUCUUACGGCCGCAUUAAGCCCCUCGAAUCUGCAGGUCUCCCCAGCAGCAGCAGGAGCACCUGAAGCUCAGGCUGCCGGCGCUUCCUUUACCGAGGUUGAGCAGAAAAUGCGGCAGCAGCUGCGUGCGAAUCUCCGGGUGCGGCUGGGGGCGAAGGCAGCUGCACAGGCCAUGCAGCAGAUCAGUCUGCAGCAGGGUGUGCAGCGAGAAACAGAACGUGCCCUCCAAAGCAUGAUCAGCGGAGGGGUCUCUGCAGCUGCCACUCCACAGUCGCUGGCACAGGCUACCGCUGACUUAGCUGCUGAGCUCGCCAGAGCAGCGGCAGCAGAAAACAGUGCGAUGCAGCUGACAGAAGACAGGGAAACAGCAGAAGCAGCCAACAACCCAGUGGCCGUUUCUUCCUCAGCAGAACCUGCCUCUUUACCGGCAGCCGAAAGCUCUUCAGUCGAUGACUUCGAUCGGGCAAACGCAGCAGCAGCUCAGUCUGCUGUAUCGGGGCUUGCCCAUUUAGGUAUAGAGCCAGUCGGAGCGAACGCAUGCGGUCUCGCCGUAUCUGAACUUCCAGAGGGAUUUCCGCUUGCAGGGGGUACCACUAGCAGCAGUCUCAUGAUUGUAGAGGCAGACUCAGACGACCAGGCAGUUCCUCUGAGUCUAGACGCGGCUCAACCAGCGGCGCAAGCCUCAGCCUAA